AUGCUCCCUGAGGAUUUGUGUUGUAUCGAUCGGACUUCUUACGCAAACGAGGAAGCAUCGCAGCGAAUGAUCAGCGAGAUUCAGACUAUGGUGAAGCCAGUCCCCGAGAACCUGAAACCACGACGGCCUCUCAAAGACCGCCGGAAUGAAGGCCAUGAUGAAUUAAAUUCAUGUGCUGAAACCCUCUGCUUCUUUAGUGGUCUCUUUGGUGCUCGAUAUAAUUUUUGCCUUUUUGUCGAUGAUAUCUGUCUCGAGUCAUUGAAUCAUAUGGGCUUGCCUGUUGUGAAGAUUCUUAGAAGAGACUUUGGCCAUUUGGAGCCAGAGAAGAGAUGGUACACUAUAUAUCCAGGAUUUGAGGAUGGUCGUACGGCAGAGCACUAUCAGGAUGUGGGAUGGAUGUACAUGGAUGUGCUGUCCUAUCCUGAGUUUUACGCUUACUUUUCAAAGGAACACACUUAUUGGUAUGAUCAAUACUCAAGACCACCCGAUAUGGUCUUUGGAUUUGAGACGCCGGGAUUCUGGAGCAAGUGA